AUGGCUGAAUAAAUUGUAUAAAUCAUUAACAAUUUAGUCGGAUAAAUAUAGAAUCCCGAGAUCCAAAAAUAAGCUGAGGAAUCUUUAAAUCUUUUUAGUUCUUAAAAUCCAAACGAAUUCGUUUAAUACUUAAUAUAAAUUUUAAAAAAUUCUUAAAAUGAAUAACAUAGAGUAUUCGUAGCCAGUCAUUUAAGAAAAAUAACAUCUAAAUUUGCCGAAAAAUCAUUUGUAAACAUAUGGGAUUAACUUAACGUAGAAUCUUAAUAAUUAAUAUAGACUUAAUUAUUCGAAUGCUUAAAAACCGAACCUGUUUAAAACAUAAGAUACUUAAUAAGUGAUUGUAUAGGAGAAUUAGCAGGUUCUUUAUUAGAAGAUCCUUAAAAUAAUAAGUGGCCUGAACUUGUCCCAUUAUUAUGGUAAUUAUUUAUGCAAUCAAAUACAAACUUAAUAGAAAGUGGUUUCAAAAUUUUAGUGAAUUUAUUAACUUUUGCUUCUGAUACAUUUGAAAAGAGCCAAAAUGAACUCAAGAAUUUAUUCUAAAAUGGUAUAUAGAAUGAAAACGUUAAAAUAUCAGUAGCUUGUAUAUAAGCAUUAGGAGCAUAUCUAUCAGUAUUAGAACCUAAAUAAGCAAAAGGAUUUUAAUACUUAAUUCCUUAAAUGUUAAAUACUCUUUACAAAGUCCUAAAAACUGAUUAAGAUGAAGGAUAACUUAUUUUGGAAGUUUUUACUGAUAUUGUAGAAACUGAACCUAAAUUUUUCAAGGAAAAUUUCGAAUAAUUAUUCUCUACUGUUUGGAAAAUCAAUAUGGAAGAAAAAGAAAUUGAAACUGAUAUCAAACAUAUGGGAACUGAAACUUUAAUAUCUUUAGUUUAAAGAUUACCUUAAAUUGUUCGUAAGAAUUAAGAAUACUUAUUAAAAUUAAUUGAAUUGAUUUUCUCUCAUAUGAUUGAAAUAGACCAAGAAGUAACCGAUGAAUGGAAAUAACCUCCUGAAGGUUUCAAUGAAGAUAUAGAAGAAGAUGCAGAUUUCGAAACUACAAGAUUUGGUAUGAAUGCAAUAGAUAGAAUUAUAGAUUCAGUAGGAGAUAAAGAAACACUUCCUAUAUUAUCAUAAACAGUAGAAAAAUUACUCUAACAUGCUGAUUGGAGAUAUAACUAUGCAGCUAUUAUGGCUCUUUCUUAAGUCGGUGAAUAUAUUGAUGAUGUAGCCACUGUUUAACCUAUUAUGGAUGUCGUUUUGAAAUUCUUAAGUUCUCCAAAUCCAGUUAUUAGAUAUGGUGUUUUCCAUGCUAUUGGGUAAAUAUCAGAUGAUAUGAAACCUGAGUUCUAAACUGUAUAUAAAGAUAGCAUUAUGAAAGUAAUUCUUUAACAUUUAGAUGAUCCCGUACCUAGAGUAGCCUCUCAUGCAGCUGCAGCUUUGACUAAUUUUGUUGAAGGAUUUACUGAAUAAGAUGUAUAACCUUAUUUGUAGGUUACUUUGGAAAAAUUGUUUGCUUUAGUAAAUAGUGGAUGUUCGAUUGUAAAGGAAAAUUGCAUGACUGCUAUUGCUUCUACUGCUGAGGCUGCAAAAGAACAUUUUCAUGCUUACUUUGAUAUAUCUAUGCCUAUUUUAUUCAAGGUAUUUGAUGCUUAUAAAGGAAAAGAAUAUAAAUAAUUAAGAGGUUAAACUAUUGAAUGUAUUACUCUUAUUGCACACUCUGUUUCUAAAGAGAAAUUCCUUCCUUAUCUUGAUUAAAUUACUAAUAUUAUUAUUAACAUAUAAGAAUCUAAUCUUGAUAAUUAAGAUCCUUAAAAGACUUACGUACUUUCUGGUUGGUAACGUCUUUGUUUGAAAUACAAUGUAGAAUUAACUACUUAUUUACCAAAAAUAUUACCUGGUGUAUUCAAAAUUGUAAGCUAAAUAAUAAAAAAAGAUGCCUGUGAUUCUGAUGAAGCUGAAGUAGCUCUUGCUAUGUUGGAAGUAUUUAUUGAUUAAUUCGGAUCUAAUUAUGUUAAUUAUGUAGAGGAAACUACUAAAUUAAUAUCACCUUUAUGCAGUUAUAAAUACUCUGAAUCUAUUAGAGAUUAAGCAUCGAAAUGUUUACCUGGUUUGAUUAAAUGUGCUUAAUAAUAACCAGAAACUUAAAAAAAUAUGGUGAGAUAUUUCCUUGGAUUAUUAUGGGAUGCUGCAUCUUCGGAAUUCGAUAGCGAAAUUAUAAUUUCUUAAAUUACUGCAAUGAAAGAAUGUAUAGAGAGUUGUGGAAAAUUCAUGACUUAAUAAGAAAUAUAAAGUCUCUCAGAUAAAGUUAUUAAGUUACUUUUGGAUUCUGAUAAAAGAAAAGCUGAGAAUGAAAAAUGGAAAAAUGAAGAAGAUGUUGAAGAUGAAGAAAAAAACAUACUUGAAGAAGAUCUUAAAAUUGAAGAAAAUUUAUAAGUUUCUAUCGCUGAAUUAAUUGGGGUACUUUUCAAAACUCAUAAAGAAUAAACACUUAAUUUGGCUCACAUUUUAUAUACUUAAGUGUUACCUAAAGUUAUGGAUAGCAAAGUUUCAGAUAAUAUGCAUAAAUUCGGACUUUUCCUUAUUGAUGAUAUGGUUGAAUUCCUCGGAUUUGAACAUAUGGGGGAUAAAUGGGGCGAAUUUGCUUAAGCUUUGUCUAUUUUUGCUGUUGAUAAAUCUUCAUAAGUUAGAUAGGCAGCAGUAUAUGGAAUUGGUAUUUUCGCUUAAGUUACCCCUACUGCAUAAUUCUCUGUUUAUGCUUAAGGUUUAGUUAAAACUUUACUUGCUUCUAUUGCUUAUCCUUAAGGAAGUGAAAAGGAAAAAACUUAUGGCCAUGCAAAAGAUAAUGCUAUUAGUUCUCUUGGUAAAAUUAUUAGAUAUUAAAGUGAAAGUUUAUCUCUUAAUGAAAUUUUGGGCUUAUGGUUAAAUAAUCUUCCUCUUAAAUUCGAUAAAUAAGAAGGCGUAUUUUAACAUAGAUUACUUGCCGAACUCACAAUUAAUAGACCUGAUCUAAUUACUUAAAAUGAGGGUUUCAUUUAAAAAACUAUUGUUACUUUUGGAUAAGUUUUGGGAACUAAAUUUGUUGAUUAAGAAGGUACUGCUCUUAUUCAUUAAGCUAUAAAUAGAUUAACUUAAGUUGAUUUUGUUAAAAAUAAUUGGAAUUCUAUUGUGGCUAAUUUAACUGACGGAUAAAAAGUUAAAUUAUAAUAAGGUGCUUAGGCUUAAUGAUUUUUAUUUUUUUAAUUCUAAGAGAAUGAAAAUAUUUUUUUUCAUUUUUUCUUUAAAAUAUAAGUUUA